AUGGGUUCUACUGCUUUCUUGCGUUUUCUUAGGGGUACAGGAUGUACGGGUUGUGAUGGCAUAGUUUCCAAUUUUGAUGUCAAUAGUUUAAACAGUUCAUUUGUUUCAAAUAAUUUGGCUACUCGUGAUUUAGACUUUCGUUAUUUCGGUGAAUCAGAUAACGCAUUUUCCUUCAGUUGUGUUGGUAUUGAUGAUGUGGCUAUUGCUCUAAAUAAUAUUAAAUCUAAAUCCAUUGGCAUUGAUGGAAUACCUGUUGAUUUCAUUAAACAUAUUUUCCCAUAUAUUUCUAAUAUGAUUCUUGAUCUGAUAAACACAAUUUUAACAUCGUCGCUGUAUCCGACCCUUUGGAAGAAAGCUCGUGGUGUUCCAAUUCCCAAAGCCCAUAUUGUUAAUGGUCCUGAAGAUCUCAGACCUAUUUCUAUUUUGCCGGUAUUGUCGAAAAUGACUUUUACCUCAUCUUCAAUGAUAAUCAGCUUUCUCCUUAUGAUUUUGAGCGUUAUGUAA